CGUGGCAUUCCGACAUAAACCACCGACUUCGGCCUCGUAAAACAUAAGUGCUUUUGGCUUCUUUUUUUUGUUUUGAUUUUGUGAAACACAAAUCUCUUCAUAAACCUUCAUUCAAAUUUGUUGUGUUUCACUUUGAUCCGAUUCUAGGUAUUAUUAAUUUCGUUCAUUUUCUGCAUAUUUUUGGAUUUGUUAUUCAAAAGAUUGAAUUCUGAAGAGGGGUUUCAAGAAAGAUUAAAACUUUGGAUGAAAAAAAAUAACCCCAUGAUGCAACGUUUGGUUGAUCAUGUCCUCGUCGUCACUAAAGAGUCAGUGAAAGCUGUUACUUGUGAGUCAUUGAACAAUAUUGUUAGGAUAAUCAAUGGAAUAUCUGCACUUUUGUUGGCAUUACUUCCUGGAAAUGCGAAAAUACUCGAAGGUAUUCAUGGUUGGGAACUCAGACCGACUUUUCGAGGACCGCGGUUUCCGCGUUGGAUGGAGAAUGGCGCGUCGUCUUUCAACCAAUUCAUCCACGAACUUUCUAUGGAUUCCGAUAACUCAAGCCUCGAGUACUCAUCAUCGGGAGAAGAAGAUAUUGAUAGAUAUGAAUGCCCUCCGUCUCCGGCAUCUCAUAGUUCUAGAGCUUCUGAAGCUGCUUUUGCUAGAAACAGUAGGCAUCAGAUGAACUGGAUCCAAUAUAUCUUACUUUGGAUUUUACUUCCUGUAAAAUUCUUGAUGAGGAUUCCGCUGCGUCUUCUCCAUUUAGCUUAUUUUGUGGUGUUAAAAGUACUACAUAUCUCUAGAGAGAAACGCCCUUCACAUUUACAUGCAUAUAGGAGAGUGCAAAGCAUCAAGGAUCAAUUUAUCCACCGUGCUACUGAUAGGAGACGCGGCAUUGUAGAGGAUCUUCAUCUCGGCAUAGAGAUAUGUAUAGAAACUGUCUUUGAUGUUGUUCGUAAAGGAGCACAUCUUCUUCUAUCUCCAACAAAAGCUUUUGGUGCAUUAUUCAGGUUGUUUUGGUCUCACGAAAGUGGCAAUGAAGAAUUUCGCUAUUCUGCUGAGGAUGCAUCGACUUCUACAUCCACGCUGGGGGACGGAGACCCUGCAUCUUCUGAGAGGAAAAUCAACUACCAGUCUUUGAAUACAGAAGCGCGGACAUGUCAGGAUGUCAUAACAGAUCUCGGGUAUCCGUACGAAGCUAUUCACGUAAUUACUGCUGACGGAUAUAUUCUUCUUUUGGAAAGAAUACCCAGGCGAGAUGCUAAAAAAGCUGUUUUUCUUCAGCAUGGUGUUUUUGAUUCAUCAAUGGGUUGGGUAUCGAAUGGUGUUGUUGGUUCUCCAGCUUUUGCGGCGUAUGAUCAAGGGUAUGAUGUAUUUCUUGGGAAUUUUCGCGGAUUGGUUUCCAGAGAACAUGUCAACAAGAACAUAUCAUCGCGUCAAUAUUGGCAGUACUCUGUCAACGAGCAUGCGACCGAGGAUAUUCCUGCUAUGAUAGAGAAAAUCGAUGAAGUGAAAACUGCUGAAUUAAAGCUUAGUAAACCUGAUAUCGAGGAGGAAACCGAUGACGAUCAGCUUUACAAGCUUUGUGCAAUUUCUCAUAGUUUAGGAGGAGCUGCUAUGAUAAUGUAUAUUGUUACGCGAAGGAUAGAAGAGAAGCCACAUAGGCUUUCAAGAUUGAUUUUACUAUCUCCGGCCGGUUUUCACGAUGAUUCUAACAUAGUUUUUUCUAUGGCAGAGAUUCUAUUAACUAUUGCGGCUCCCGUUUUGUCUCAUGUUGUGCCUGCGUUUUAUAUACCUACGCGAUUUUUUCGCAUGCUUGUGUUUAAGUUAGCUCGGGAUCUUCAUAACCUACCUGCAGUUGGAGGAUUAGUUCAAACCUUAAUGAGUUAUGUUGUUGGUGGAGAUAGCUCAAAUUGGGUCGGAGUUUUAGGACUACCGCACUACAACAUGAACGACAUGCCGGGCGUGUCUUUUCGUGUUGCUCUCCAUCUUGCACAGAUUAAACGUGUUGGAAGGUUUAGAAUGUUCGAUUACGGAAGUGCCUCUGCCAAUAGACAAGUGUACGGUUCGCCCGAGCCUCUGGACUUAGGUAAACACUACGGACUCAUCGACAUUCCUGUUGAUCUUGUUUCUGGACAUAAAGACAAAGUUAUAAGACCUUCAAUGGUAAAGAGACACUAUAGAUUGAUGAAAAAUGCUGGCGUAAAUGUUUCGUAUAACGAAUUUGAAUAUGCGCAUUUGGACUUCACGUUCUCGCACCGGGAAGAACUCUUGUCAUAUGUUAUGUCACGCAUGUUGCUCGUUGAUCAAAACUCAAAGUAUCAUCGCGACUAGUUUGUUCAAAUGUUGUCGAACUGGAAAGCUAGGCGAGCCGAGUCGAUAAGUUAAUAUUUUUGGGUGUAAACAACAGUUCCUCCCAACUCAUGUACUUUUGCCAUUUGUAUGAUUGAUUAUAGAGCUGUUAUGUUACAAAUUUACAUGUUGUAAAAUAGUGUUCUGAUUAUCAGAACUGAACAAAGGCUAAGAGUGUAGUUUAAAUUUGUAUCAUAUGUUAGUAGUUUACUAUACUCUUGUGGCAAUUUGAUGUUGUCAUUUCACUAGACUUCAAAUAUGGAAUUCUAUUUUCUUUUGGCUAAGGAAAAUGAUUCUCUAUUUAUACUA